CUUCACUUAUCCUUCUCCUUUAAGAAAUCCAUGCAUCGACGAUCACCUGCAUUCUGCGAGUGUCACGCUCGCUUUUUUCUCAUCCCUGUUCUUUUGCAUUUGUGCAUCAUCGCUUUCGCAAUUGCAAUCGCAUUGUUUCUGCGUACACCGCGAUCUCCGGCUCCGUUCUAGAGCAUUUGGGUCACUGAUGGGUGCCAGCUGAUGCUGGCAGAGACUAGGGGGAGUUUUGAGAAUUAGAUUUUGAUGCAGAUGGGCAUGAUGCUCGCUUCCUCGCAUCCCAUUCUUUCGUUUAGGUUUCCUUUCGAGUCGUCUCCCCAGCUGCACGGGACGUAUCACCACUCAACGAGAGAUUAUAUUCGCUGGUCACGAUCUGGGUCAAGUGGUGCACAAUGUGAGUGUACUAGGACAGUGCGACGCCACGAGUUCUCUCCUGCCCUUAUCCUACGUUCGAGGUCACUGAAAUUGUCCCAGGGCGUGGAGAAUUCGGUGAGUUGCAGCGCGAUGGCUAACUCGUUUUCUCCGAGUAGACUAGCAGGAAGGUUGUUUGGACCGGGAGAAGAGGGGGAGGAUUGGUGGGAUCACAAAUGUGUGUUCCAUCCUGUUGUUGUGAGGGAGCCAUCGUCGUCUACAUGGAGGAUGUACUACUACGGCCGCGAUGGGGACAAUUGGUCGUCUGGAGUAAGGCCGGCUUUGUUGUCAACUGGUCGUGUGGGGCUUGCCCUUUCGGAGGAUGGUGUGCACUGGAGUCGCCACAGAGGCCCGUUGCCUCAAGGAGCCAUACUUGAUCCGGAAGAAGGAGGCGACACUUUCGACUCUGUGCAUGUUGGCUGCAGUGAUGUCCUCUUCCACGAUGGUCAAUGGUGGAUGUUCUACUUCGGUGGGUCAGCCGAGAAGAUGGAAAUCGGACCCAGCAACAAAGCUCUCCAAGGCCUCAGGAUGCUUCCAGGGCUUGUCAAAUCAGCUGAUGGCGUUGUCUUCGACCGCGCGUUGUUCACAGGAAACCCUCUACUCAAUGUAGGACUGCAGAAUGAGUGGGACGAAUUGUUCAUUGCGUGGCCGAGAGUGCUUCCUCCGAGUAGCAGACAUCGCUGUCAAGAUCCAUCAGACGAGGAUAAAACUUGGUUGAUGACUUACAGCUCCAUUGAGAAACAGACCCUCCCUUUCUCAUCAAUAGGCGUUGCACUCUCUGCCGACGGACACAAAUGGUUUAAAGCAGGAAAAGCAUUGACACGAGGAGCGCCUGGUUCGUGGGACGAGGGUGGAGUUGGCCGCAGGCACGUACUCUUGAUCGACAACGAGUACUUCAUGUUUUACGAGGGCGUCAAUAAUAAAGGCAUUCAUGGAAUUGGUCUUGCAAUCUCACCAGAUGGGAUUCAUUGGGAGAGAGACCCACUCUGCCAAGGCCCAAUAUUCUCUGCUCGAGUUGGCGAGGAGGUUUGGGACAACGGCACAGUUGCAGCCCCUCAUGUUUUGCAAAUGGACGACGGCAGUUUUCGAAUGUACUAUGUUGGCACAAAUGAUACAAAGACAGAGAGUGCCAUGGGGAUGGCAAUCAGCAAGGGGAAAAAUUUCAGGACAUGGACUCGGAUACAAAAUUGGUAGCAACUUCGUGAAUUCAGCAGAUGUCUAUCUUCCCCAGUUACUAUGGGAGGGAACAAGGACAGGAUACAAAUUAGAAUUGACGCUGGAAGCAUUAUGGAACUCUUCCAUUUGAUUCUUAUUAACUAAUAUACCUUGUUGUA